GCCAGGAGCUGCUGCCUGCUGUAUCCCUAUAGUGUUCCCAGUGUCCCUGCCGUGUCCUUGCUAUGGGGCUGUGGUGAUAAGAGGGCCCCCAGUGAGGGUGUUGAGGUGUCACAGCACCCUGAUGCUGGGAUAUAAUGGGUAGACAGACAUGCAAGAACACAGCUGUGCAAGUGACUGUGGAAAUGUGGGAUUGUGGGGCAGCACAAUGAGCAAAAUACUCAUCUCCCUGCAGGAGAGGAGGAGGAGGCAGGUGCAGGAGGUGGUAGUGACAGUGGUGGGCAUAGAGGCACAACAGAGGCAGGGACAAAGCAGGACACAGCCAGGAGCAGCAGGCACCCCUGCAGCCCUCACCAUGGGGGGAGCAGCUGGAACCAGUUUGUGCCUUGGGCAAUGAGGCCCCAUGGCAAAACCUCACAACACAGGAAGGUAGGCCCCGGCUCUCACCACCUCCUCCUGUGCUUCCCCCUCCAAAGGCAACUCCUUCCAGGCCUGGGCAUCUGUGGGGACCUUCCACCUGUGCCUCCACUCAGGGGUCUGAAAACAGGGGCACCUCCUCCUGCUCAGCUUUUGAGAGGUGCUUAGAUUUGAAAACCCAUCUGCAGAAAGGGGGGAGGCAGAGCUCCACCAGAGCCAUUGCCGUUCUCACUCCUUACCAACUCCAGGACCAAAAGCCUCCUUCUGCCCCACAUUGGGUCCCACUGUUGCUCUUGGGGGAAAUAUUGUCUUCCUGAGUCUCCCCCUCCCUCCACAACAUCUCCACACUGCCCUGCACACACCCAGUGCAGCAGUGCUGCCUUUAUAGGGCCGAGCCGGGUGGUGAAUUUUUUUUCUUUUUAGGCGGGGGGGGGGCCGGGGAAGAAGAAACUCCUUUUCUCGUGUGCUCCUCUCCGCUGUCAUUCACUCGGCUCCUUUCAGCAUGCAGCCAAUGGAGAGUGAGGGCCUGGGAGCAGCAGGCCUUGGGUAGUGUGAUUGAUGGGCGAACAGGACGGAGGGGCUCUCGCACACGCACUCUGCCGCUCUCUGCUCCGCACCGCGGGGCUUCGGCUUCACAUUGCCGGUGGGGGCUUCGGCUCCUGGUCCUCGCGUGUCGGUGAUGGUAUCUUGGGUGGGGGUGUGAGGUGCUAUUGGGGUCAGAGAGUCUCAGGGUCUGGGCUGUGUCUCCCGUGUGCUCCCCGGCGAUGCGUGGCUCUGAGUGUGUGGCUGGCGUGGAGCGGUCGUGCGUGGCUCUGUCGCGAUAUCCCGAGGCGCGCAGCUGCGGCGCGAUGGGUCUGAGAGCGUAGUGCCUGCCAGAGCCCGGCUCCUGCCUUCUGCUGCCGCAUUUUGGGGUCUGCACGGCUGUGUCGGGGUCCAGCGGAGGGGCCCCGGGGCUCAGUGCGCUGCUCCGCUGCUGGAGCGAGGACGGACGGCGGAGGCAUGGAGCACCUCGGGGCUCACCACCUGCACCAAGGCCAAGCCGAGCCCAUCAGCUUCGGCAUCGACCAGAUCCUCAACACGUCGGAGCCGGGCAGCUGCAUGGUGUCCCACUCGCGGCUGCAGGACUCGGCAGAUUACGGCCUGGGUUGCAUCGUAGGCAGCGCCUACAACACGGUCACCGGCGGCUACGGGGCGAGCGGCGGCGGGGCCGGAGCCUACGGCGGCACUUCGUGCAGUAUGGGAGCCUUGCCCGGCUCCUACAACGUGAACAUGGCGGUGAGCAUGAACGGCAACGCUCUGAGCUCGGCCGGGGGGGUGAUCCGCGUCCCGGCCCACCGCCCCGUAGCCGGCGGCGUGCACCAGCCCCUCUCUGCCGCCGUGCCGCCGGUGAACGGCAUGAACAGUCUGACGGGGCUCACCUUCCCCUGGAUGGAGAGCAACAGGCGGUACACAAAGGACAGGUUCACAGUGGCCCUCUCACCCUUCACUGUAACACGCCGUAUAGGUCACCCCUACCAGAACCGCACGCCCCCCAAGAAGAAGAAGCCGCGCACGUCCUUCACCCGCCUGCAGAUCUGUGAGCUGGAGAAGCGCUUCCACCGGCAGAAGUACCUGGCCUCUGCUGAGCGUGCAGCCCUGGCCAAGGCCCUCAAGAUGACGGACGCACAGGUGAAGACCUGGUUCCAGAACCGGCGCACCAAGUGGAGGAGGCAGACAGCAGAGGAGCGGGAGGCCGAGCGGCAGCAAGCGAACCGCAUUCUCAUGCAGCUGCAGCAGGAAGCCUUCCAAAAAACCAUCAACCAGCCCAUCCAGGCCGACCCCAUCUGCGUGCACAACUCCUCUCUCUUCGCCCUGCAGAACCUCCAGCCCUGGUCUGAUGACUCCACCAAGAUCACCAGCGUCACCACCGUCGCCUCCGCCUGUGAAUAAGGGCUGGCACCUGCGGUGUCCCCUUUGUCACCGGGCACAUGUUCAUCCUGCAGAGCAUCCUUCUAUGAGGACUGAUGGGGAAGGGAAAUUUGCCCCCAAACUCUCCCUGCCCGCAGGGCCGCAGAGCAGCAGCAGCUUGCCUCCCCCCAGCCCUUUUGUUCUUCUGAAAGUCUCUGUUGCCGGCCUCAAACUUCCUGACAUGCUGCCAGACAAAGCUGAGCCCUGACAGACGUGGCCGCAGGCGAGCACCCGGCUGGGGGAACUUCCUCUGCAGGGCUCGGGGCACCCCAUAGGACUAUAUGUAUAUAUAAUGUGCGUCUAUAGGUACGCGCUUUGGAUUGAUUGGAACAAAAGGAUGCGGCUCCCUGGGCAGCGUGUCUGUGCAGCCAGGCACCGCGCUGGGCCUUUGGCGCUGGAGACGUUUGGGGAUGCAACAAAUGGAGAAAGCCCAGCCGUCUGUUGGCCUCCCAGCAGAUCUCACCUAGCUGCAUCUCCUCCCAUAUUUCAUUAAUUUUUUCCUGCGAGGGGGGAAGAAGCGAAGGAACUGACAGCCUCCUGAGGACGGUAAAUGUGAUCUCUCUAUUGCACGAAGAGCCCAAACUGUCCCCAGCCGCCACGGCCGCGGCGUCGAUCAACCCGCGCUUUAAUAACCAGGAGAGCCCGGCUGGGCAGGGGUGCUGCCACUCCGUUCUGUGGGUUAUUUCCAUUUCAUUUGCAAAGCGUGGCCCGCCAGGUUGUUUUACCCGUGUCCCUUUACGAGGCGGUUUGCGAGGGCGAAAAUCGAUUUCACUUCCAACUUGGUUGUUUCUUUUAAUUGUUCUGAGAGAAUGAGACACAAUUAAGCAAAGCACUUCCUAUAGCAAACGCCGGGAAUAUAUAGAUAUUAUAUAUACAGUAUAUAUUUUUCAGUUACUUAUAAUCUAAAGCAGCACUGCCAAUUUAAACAGCUACUACAGGCAAGCGAGCAGAAAACCUAUUUUCAGUGAGAUUUUUUUAAGGCUUUUUUUUUUUUUUUUUAAGUUAUGCACUUAUAAGGUGUUUUCUGUGUAUUCAUUUUAUAAAGUGCUUGUGUAAUUUAUGUGGAAACGAAAAAUAAAAGAUA